AUGGAGGAAUUGGCCAGAGAAAGCAUCAGUCUUCUGGCUUCAGCCUCGGCCAAGCCACCUCUGGACGUUGGGCCCCGGCUGGGCUCCGUGGGGGCCAUUUUCAUCAUGCUUAAAUCCGCUCUAGGUGCUGGGCUCCUCAACUUCCCCUGGGCCUUCGAGAGAGCCGGAGGAAUCCACAGCGCUGUCACCGUGGAGCUGGUUUCCCUCGUGUUCCUGAUUAGUGGCCUGAUUAUCCUGGGCUAUUCCUCGUCCAUUAGUGGCCAAUGCACCUACCAGGCGGUGGUGAAGAAGAUAUGUGGGCAUGUCAUUGGCCAACUGUGUGAGAUCUGUUUUGUCUUCAACCUCUUCAUGAUUUCUGUGGCCUUUCUGGUCAUAGUGGAUGACCAGCUGGAAAAGUUGGGCGACUCCCUGCAUGAGCUGGUAACUAAUCUUCCGGAGUCAGAGAUGCCAGAACACUUCUACAUGGACCGGCGCUUCGCUUUGGUGCUGCUCUGUUUCUUCCUCAUCCUGCCAUUAUCCAUCUCCAAAGAGAUCAGCAUUCAGAAAUACAUCAGUGUUCUGGGUACUUUGGCUGCGACCUACCUGACCACAGCCAUCAUCAUCAAAUACCAUACCAUGCCUUCUGUUCUGGUUCACAACAGCCCUCUCCACACCAAUGGGAUGAACUCCUGGGCCGCCAUGUUCAGUGUCAUCCCGACCAUCUGCUUUGGUUUCCAAUGUCACGAGGCGUCCAUCGCCAUCUACAGCAGCCUGGAGAACCAGCGGCUCUCUCACUGGGUCUUCAUCUCUGUGGUCUCCAUGAUCUUCUGCUUCGUCAUUUACUCCCUCACAGGAGUUUAUGGGUUCCUGACAUUUGGAAAGGACGCGAGGCCUGACAUUUUAAUGUCGUACACUAGCAGCGAUGUCCUAAUGCUGAUCGCGAGGCUGCUGUUUGGCAUCUCUAUCAUCACCAUCUAUCCCAUCACCCUGCUGCUCGGCAGAUCAGUGAUCCAGGACCUGCUGCUGAGCUGGCGACAGAGACGCAGCGGCGUGGUCACGGUAGACUUUGAAAGCCGCAGCCGCUACAUGCUAACGGUCCUGUGGAUAACCGCGACGCUGCUCAUCGCUGUGUUUGUACCAGACAUCAGCAAGGUCAUCAGUGUGAUCGGAGGGAUCAGCGCAUUUUUCAUCUUUAUCUUCCCAGGGCUCUGUUUGAUGUUUGCCAUGCAGUCAGAGCCGGUGUCCUGUAAGACCAGAGUCAUCUUCACGGUUUGGGGGGUGGUGACGCUCAUCUGUGGAGCCUUCAUAUUUGGCCAGAGCACCACCAUCGCUGUUAUGCAGCUCCUCGGAAAGAUCUGACUUUUCCACGUCCCUUGAUGGUCCGAGCGUUUUUAGAAACAGACAGUGGGGAAUAAACGUGAAAU